AUUCGAUCCGUACGUCCAAGAGUGAGAACGAGACCGCUGUCUGUAACGACAGAGAGAAAAAUAGCCGAACCUUAACAAAAAAAAUACUGAUAAAAAUAUUUUUUUGGCCGACAACUGUUAUUCAGUCACCGAGUACGUGAAUUGAAGAAAGAAACAUUUUUGGAUUGUCAGUGGAUUAUUCUACGGGUUAUGGUUAUUCGACUGACGAGUAUUCCCUUUGCACACAACGAGACAAACUUGCGGAUACGACUACAACUGCAGUGAACAGGACAAGACGGAAUUCACUGAUCAUCGCUUGAGUUGAAGUUUGGUAGACCUGGAAUAGCGACGAGGGACAUACGGUCGUUCUUGUUGGAGAAGUUCUAAAUCGAGGCUUGCAGAAUCCAGCAAAAUGGUUGGCCACCAAUGCUGAGACUGAACGUGACGCGCAUUUGUGACAGUCGCCGCUGGAUGCUCAUCUGAGAGGCUUUGUGCUGAGUAGAAAGCAAACAGAAGCAGUUGCUCUUUUCUCAGUGUUGGUGUGUGGCCUUCUCUGUGCUGCAGUGGAGGGCUUCACACAUACGCAGUUACUGUGGCUGGAUGCAUCACGCAGCGGAGCAGUUUAGCGGGCACAGCACACGGGAUCCCUUCCCUCUGGACGGACUGAACCGGGGACCAUGGGCUCCCGUGGGCGGCCGCGCCUGGAUCCCUCCGUCCAGGUGCUCGCCUGGUGUGAACCAACACCAGUUCGUCCCUCAUUUACCCCCCAGUCACAUGACUGAACUGAACCACCCAAGUAAAUUGUUCAACAAUGGUCUUCUUGUUCGUGGGGGGGAUAAGAUGGACUUGCCCCAGGCACUGUUGCCAGGGUUACAGAGAGAUCUGAGGGCACCUGCAGCCCCUCCCAGGCCAUGGGAGCCACCUGGCCAGAUGUAUGAAUCUUUGCCCAAUGACCAUGCCCGCCUCCACAAUGGCUACAAUGCCGGGCCUCCGGCACACCCCGCUUCCCGUGCUAGCCAACUGCCCAAGUAUGGGAACACUCACCAGCACCAUGGAUCAAGGUCUAUGGCUCCACUGGGAGAAAUGUGGUCUCAGACUCAGCAGCUGCCCCGUGGCUCUAAUAUUGGUCAGUUGAAGCGGCCUGCACCAUCUCUAGGGGAACACUCAGUGAUUCAACCUACCCCUCCCCCAUCCUUGCAGAGGCAAGCUGAUGACUGCCCCAGCCCCAAUAAAAGAAAGAGGAGCUCUGAACAGGUUUCACAUCCUGGUAUGCAGUGUUUUUCUGGUCCACUGGGACCUUCUCUGCCCCACCUUCAGCAUCAGCAACAACAUCAUCACUAUCCUCCUCCCAAACCAGGCUUCUGGAACCCCCUGCAGAAGACGGCCACAUCCUGGAAUCCUUCCGACCGCAAAAAUAGCUCUGUCGAAUUCCAGGAUUCAGCGAAGUCAAGCAUGGGAGGAUAUACCUAUACACCACCACCUCCAACCCCAUCACCUAUUUCUCCAUCUCCCAUCACUUCCCCAGGGGGCUAUGGACAGGGGCGAGGUCCUCCACCCCAAUCCCAUAAGCCCUCUCAACCACCUAAAGCUCUGGGAGCCCCAUCACAUGACCCUCACCUCCAUCUGGCAUACCCCUACCAAAAUAAUAAACCUGCCCUCACCCAAACUCGUGUGGAACACAGAGGCACACACCCUCAGAGGAGCCAGGAAAUGGAAAUGAGUCGACCCAGCGCCCAGGUCCCUCCACCACCUCCACCUCCAUCAAAAGGAGACAGGGAACACCCAAUGCCCUCACCAGCAAGCCUCACCUCCGUGCCUUACAGUCACCCCCACUUCCAGCCCCACCCUGGGCUGACCCAUAGCGGGACUCCUGCCAGCUCCAGAGCUCCGGCCAUAGUACCUCAGCACAGCAUUCAUGAGCCCUGGAGGAUUCAAGCCAGACCUGCGGACCGCACCCCUGAUUCUGGUCAGUACCGACCAUCUCUGGAACCUCAGGGUCCCCCAUCUCUGCGGCAGCAGAGCCAGAUUAGGGAGAGAAGAGAUCCACUUACGACGUCCCAGGGUGUGAGUCCCCCCCAGGUGCCAACACGUACGCCAGUCAUCACCCCUAACCCACCUUGCAUGGAGAAUAUGACCCACAGUGGGGUCAACCUCUACAGCAACAACAGUAGUGUGGGCUGUGUUCAGACAAGGCAUACAGCGCCCUCUGCUGUUUGCUCUCCUACUAACAGAACCUUGAGGCCUACAGACAUGCCUUCAGACCAAGUGAGCAGACCCCUAAAGCACCUGGGGUAUCAGGGAACCAAUCAAGGGCCCAUCAUUCACUCCAACAGCAAUCCCAAAUCUGGGCCACCUCCAACAAAUAUUCGCAAAGUGCAGGAGAGGCCCCACUACACCCCUGUAGUCUCCUCUGCCCCUUCCUCCCUCAGCUCAGGAUUCCAGAGAACAGGGGAGAGUGUCAUCACCAGCAGAGCCUCCAAUACUGUUCCACAGGUCAGCAGCUCACCCUUACAGCACCCUGCACCCAAAAAGACCUCUCCAAUGCACCAACCUCCGCCGGCACCCAUCAAUAGCUCACCCCCGCACCAACCCACAACCCCCACAACACCCACUAGCACCUCUUACCCCCAACUGGAUCCCAAGACAGCCCCAGGUACUCCACAGGCAACUACAAUGGCUCCCUCCUACCCGCACCGUUGCCCUCUGCCAGCCACUUCUAGCCCUCCAUCCAUUGAGGAGGCUCUAAACAAGCUAGAUGCAGAACUACAGGGCAUGCAUGCUGAGGAAAAGAGGAGAUAUCAGGAGAGAGAGAGGGAGGGGGAGAGGAGGAAGAAGAGGAUGGAGAAAAAGGAGGUGGAAAUGAAAGCAUCUGAGGAGUCAGCUAUUGAAAGUCUGGAUCGUUUGAUGCCUAAAAGCACUGCUGAUCCACCUCCUCCUCGCCUCUCGCCUGCUAACUCCUCCUCAGCCUCACCCCCUGGCCAGCCCUCACCCACCUAUCCCUGGCUAAGUCGAGGCGGAGUGCCACCACGUCUGGUUGGAUCCCUGGAGCGUUCCCGGCCACCUCCUCUCACACCUCAGACAGAAUAUGCCCGUGAGAAGCAACGACAGAGAGAGAGGUCAAGCAAUGCGGCAGCCAUGCUGAAUCCCACAUCCCGAAUUAUCUCAGGAAUCUCUACCAAACCCACCCAAAUCCUCUCCAACAUGAUGCAACGGACCUCCAGUCCACCCAAAGACUCCCCAGUGGAAAAACGCCCAGAUCAGGCUGGCACUGUAGGAGCCAUUCCCAACCCUCCUCCUCUCAGAGAGCCACCCAAACUCUACCAGGCCUUCCCCAGGGACACUCUACCCCCUUGCCCAGCAACUAGCACCACUCUACAUAAACGUUUAUCGAGUGGAGGUCUGGGAAGUCUGGGAAGCAGUGCCAGCAGCCUCAGUAGUGAUUCAGAUGGUGCCCAAUUUGAGGAAGAGCCAUCUGAACUUUUGCCUGAUGGUCUGGCUAACAUCAUGAAGAUGUUGGACGAGUCCAUUAAGAAGGAGGAGGAACUGUACUCUGAGAAUGGAGGCAGAGUUGGGGCAGAUGCAACUUUCCCAGUCAGUGUCACACCCAUGAAGAGCUACCUGUGUGCCCCGGACUUGAUGCCGGCUCUCAAACAGCCCCCCAUGGAGGAUUAUGGCACAGAUUUGCAUGCUAGCCCACCUGUGCUAAGUAGACAAGGCUCUCUGGCAUCCCCCUGCAGCCGCACGUCUUCUCUCUGUGAGGAAGAUGAGGAGACAUUCAGGAUUAUCCCUAAGCCUGCCAACACCCAAUCCCAAGACACUGGGUCUGGUGUGACAGGAACUAACUAUCGUCAUAGUGACCUGGCUAAGCUGUAUGGCCUUCCAGAAGCAACAAAGAGUGAGUGUGAGGAAGACGAUGAAGAGGCAGAAAGAGACGAUGAAACGCCAUCUUACUCCCCACCACCUCAGAGGCCACACCUCCAUCAGACUGGUGUGAACAGCAUGUUUAAGAACCUGGCCACUGUCCUGGAGAGCCAGAAAUACGCCUACCGUGGUGGGCCAUUUGGCCGUCCACCUCCUUCUGCUUUGGGCGGAAUAAAAUACUCCUCCUCACUCUCGCUGGGUCCAGACAUUUGUAGGCAGCAGCAGAGCACCUCUCCCACAUCCGGCUCAACCAAUCAUCCUGGCUUCAGCAGCCCAAACCCACCCCCAACAAACUCUACCUCAAGACAUCUCCAUCCCCUCUCUCCAUCAAACGUUGCAACAGAGAAACAGGGAGAGGCCAGAAUGAGCCAGACAGAUCUCUGGGACGAUGAGAAAGAAGACUUGAGAGAGGAACGUCAUGGAGCAAAGGAUUCUGGUCUUGUGGAAGACUGCACAGAAGUAGUUAGGCAGCCCAAGCUAACCACCAUCUCUGAGUCAUCCCUGGCUGAGUUGGCAGACAGUUGUGAAGAAAUAUUGAACCGACGUGUACUCUCCUCAAAGACUUCUGAACGGAUGAGGGGGGACCUGCAGGACACACACAAACACGAAAAAGAUAGGAACCGAGAUAGGGAACGAGAGAGAGACAAAAAACAUAAGCAUAGUAGUAGCAGCAGCAGCAAGAGACACGAGGACAGGAAAGAGAGGAAGAAAAAGCACAGAGAAAAACGAGAAGAGGCAUCUCACUCUUCUUCAUCCUCCUCUUCUUCGAGCUCCAGCCGACGACACAAAGAAGGCAAACCCCACAAAGAGAAAAAGAACAGACAGAUUCUGGGAAAUCUUGACCUCCAAAGCAAGGAGAUCCGAGAGAAAGAGAAAACAAGGGUAAGAGAAGAUGAGAGAAAGAAAAGGAAAGAGGAGGGCAGUCGAUUGCCAGAUGAGGGGGAGGAAUGGGUUUCGCAGAGCAAGGACAAGAAUAAGACGUCCUCAGAACCUUCAUCAUCUUCAUCUUCCUCAAUGGGUACAUCGGACUUCAUGAAAUUGAAGGCUCUGUCAGAUGGACCGCCCAAAGAGCUGAAAAUUCGACUGAUAAAAGUAGAGAGUGGUGACAGAGAGACCUUCAUUGCCUCAGAGGUAGAGGAGAAGAGAAUCCCACUGGAGGAGAUCACCAUUAAGAACUCAGCUGCGGAGGUCAUCAGGGCCUGCAAGGGAGCACGUGUGAAGGGGAAAUUUAAGGAGUCCUUCCUUAUGCCUUCCUUCUCUGUGAAACCCGUCACACCAGAGCAGCCAAUCCCACGAGAGAAACUCAAUCCUCCUACACCCAGCAUUUACCUGGAGAGUAAGAGAGAUGCCUUCUCCCCAGUGCUGCUGCAGUUCUGCACUGACCCCAAAAACCCCAUCACUGUCAUCAGGGGCCUGGCUGGCUCCCUCAGACUCAAUUUGGGGCUGUUCUCCACCAAGUCCCUGGUUGAGGCGAAUGCGGAUCAGCCAGUGGAGGUGCGGACACAGGUGCAACAGGCAGCUGAUGAGAACUGGGACCCCAGUGGCACAGGACAGACCUGGCCCUGCGAGAGCAGUCGAUCACACACUACAAUCGCCAAAUAUGCCCAGUAUCAGGCCUCCAGCUUCCAGGAGAGCCUACAGGAGGAGAAAGGCAGUGAUGAUGAGGAUGAUGACGAAGACGUUAAGAAGCCAACCAAUACCUUGGAGACAAGCGGCUCUUCUGGCACAGGAUCCAGUUCGGAUCAGAAACCAGUGGGAAAAAUCAUUAAAUUCGGCACCAACAUUGACCUAUCAGAUCCCAAACGGUGGAAGCCUCAGCUGCAAGAGCUGCAGAAACUGCCAGCGUUCAUGCGGGUGUCGUCCAGUGGGAAUAUGCUGAGUCAUGUUGGCCACACCAUUUUGGGCAUGAACACAGUCCAACUCUAUAUGAAGGUCCCUGGUAGCCGGACACCAGGACACCAGGAGAAUAAUAACUUUUGCUCAGUGAACAUUAAUAUUGGACCCGGAGACUGUGAAUGGUUUGCCGUUCAUGAUAACUACUGGGAGGCCAUAAACGACUUCUGUGAAAAGCAUGGGGUGGAUUACUUGACGGGUGCAUGGUGGCCAGUUCUAGAGGACUUGUAUCGUUCCAAUAUCCCUGUGUACCGAUUCAUCCAGCGGCCCGGCGAUCUAGUAUGGAUCAAUGCCGGCACUGUGCACUGGGUCCAGGCAGUGGGUUGGUGUAACAACAUUGCCUGGAAUGUGGGACCACUUAAUGCAUACCAGUACCAGCUGGCCUUGGAGCGUUUUGAGUGGAACGAGGUGAAGAAAGUCAAGUCCAUCGUUCCUAUGAUUCACGUGUCCUGGAACGUGGCCCGCAAUGUCAAAGUCACCGACGCCCACACAUACAAAAUGAUAAAACACUGUCUCCUACAAUCCAUCAAACACAUUCAGAUUCUGAGGGACCAGUUGGUAGCAGCAGGAAAAAAGAUUUCGUACCAGAGCCGAGUGAAGGAUGAGCCUGCCUACUACUGCAACGAGUGUGACGUGGAGGUGUUCAACUUGCUAUUUGUGACCAGUGAGAACGGCAGUAAGAAAACAUACGUGGUGCACUGUGAGGAUUGUGCCAGGGAGCGCAGCCCAAACCUCUCCAACGUGGUGGUGUUAGAGCAGUACCGCACAGAGGAGCUGAUGACCGUCUAUGACAACUUUGGCCUGGCUUCUGCGCCCAGUUCAAGGUGAGGACCAAUCUUCCUCCCCAGCCUCACAGCCAUAACCAAAACUCCUGCCUGACAGGACAACACAACUUGUUGAUUUUAGUAACUUUAGUCUUUUUUUUUUUUUUUAAUAAUUUAAAGUUUAAACUACUACUACUACUGCUAAUACUUGUUGAACAGCCAAUCGAAAACCAGUUUACUCGGCAUUGUUUACAAUACCAAUCAGCCAAUAAGACUAGUUUACUCCUGUUGGUCCAAACUACCAGCCUGUGAUGGGUGCUGAGGGACUUGAAAUUAGACAGUAGUUACUGCUGUCAAGUCAACAGCUGUGGAGUUGACUAUCUCAAUGGCAUGUUUGUU